AUGGAUGGCCUGACGAAUCACUGCAACAAUAACUGCCAGCCAACUGCAGAGGGAUUGCUGUCUGCCAUGGUGAACAGCGGUGGGACUAAGGUGGAGAAGGCAGCAGACCUUGUGGCUGGGGUUUGCAGCCGGUUGGAUUCAGUCCAGCAGCCCAGCUCCAGGACCCUGAUGAAGAAGUUAGUGGCCCUGCUGGCUGGCGAGGCGGAGCAUCUGGACACAGUGAUCUCAUGCCUUCUGGACUACUCCUUCCCUACAGACAGCAAUGCGGCCGAGCUAUGGCAGUUCCUAUCUGCUGACCCGGCCCUCGGAGGACAGGUGAUGGAGAACCUGGUUGUGAAGCUGCAGAGUCACCACAGCUCUGAGCACCAAGCCUCUCACACGUCUGCUGCCGCCACAUGCGCCCUCUAUGAGAUGAUCUCGGUGAGCAAGUCCAGAGAUGCCACAACCCGCCUCUAUCCUCAGCUGCUAAUGGCUCUUCUUGUCGAAAUCCAUUUCAGCCUGGGACAGAGCAUACCAAGGGAUAAAGUCUCUGGAAGGGAAAGCAGCCGGCAGAGCCUCCACACCAGCUCUGCAGUGGAGGCUAUAAAGAUGCUGCUUCUCUGUGUUGGCUGCCGUUCCGAGCUGACUGUUAUGGAGAAGGAGCAAGGCUGGAUCCUCCUACAAAGCCCCCAAGAUCACCUCCAUGGGGUGAGCCUGCUGGCCAGAGCCAUGGUGCACUAUGCUUGCCCUGAGACCACAAGGAUGCUGCUGGACCUAGUGAUCCCGCUCCUCGACAGAGGUGAUAAGAAACACAGGCUGACCAUGAUGGCCUUCUUUGUAGAACUUCUGCGUUACGAAGAGGCCAAGAAGCUCCCACAUCCAGACACUUUGGACCGUCUCGAGGAGUGGACAAAACACCCCAGCCCAGUUUUCCAUUCACUUGGUCUAAGAGGACUCAGCAUCCUGGCAACCCAACCAGGGAAGGUGGAACAAGUCAAGGCCCUGCUGCCUGCCAUCCUUUGGGGCUCAGAUGAGAUGGAUGAUGGGAGUAUUCUGGAGGCCAUCUCAGCUGUUCAGAACCUUCUGCAGAGCCUGGAUGGGAGUGAGCUCACCAGCGUGGCCAGGAAGCUAAUCCCCUUACUCGAUGCUAUGAAUGAAUGA